GCGGCGGAGCGGCGCCCGGCGGCAGAUGAUGCUCUUUCCAGGUUCAACAUUGACUUUGUUGUAUCUCUGCUGAGGCAAGAGAACGCUAAAGACAUUUGUGUCAUCCAGGUGCCUCUAGAACUGAGAUACUGUGAUUAUUUUAUAAUUGUGAGUGGAUCUUCAACAAGACAUCUCCAUGCAAUGGCAGACUACAUGCUGAAAAUGUAUAAGCAUCAGAAAGAAGGAAGUGAUCCUCAUGCUGUCAUUGAAGGGAAAGAGACAGACGACUGGCUGUGCAUUGAUUUUGGUGACAUAGUGAUGCAUUUCAUGCUCCCAGAGACGAGAGAGAGGUACGAAUUGGAGAAGCUCUGGACUCUCCAUUCCUACGACGACCAGUUAGCUCAGAUGACUCCGCAGGUGCUGCCAGAAGACUUCGUAUUGGGACUGGAUCCCCAACAGCAGUGACUGUCACCUUGCAGCGAGCUGCAGCAAGAGCUUAGUAAAGCUACUGAGCUGCCCAUAUGGAAAGUGAAGCGUGUCCUCACAGGGCUCCCGCUUGGGGUGGCAUCGCUGACUUGACACUCAGUGCGGGUGAUUGGCGCAGAGCAGUGUGUUUUACUGGACGUGCCUGUGUACGCUUCUGAACAAGCUAUUAAACUGGUCAGGCUUUAUCCUAAGGAAGGAAUUGAAUCAUAAGGAAACUUCAUGGUGGAGUUGCUGUCUUGAGGGUGGUUGUGGUGAGAAGAGUGGGGAACCAACAGCUACUGAAGCUGCUUAUCUGAAAGUCUCUGACCCCCUGGCUUUUAUUUUAUUGGUGAAAGCUCUUACUGUAACAAUAAAG